AUGGCUGUGAUAAGUUUUGGCUCGACAACCACAUUAGAAGCUGGUCAACGUCGUAGAAAUGCAUGUUCAUUACCGUUACAUUAUAUACAAAUAUUAGGAAUAGUUGUUAUCAUAUUUCUUAUAUUAAUGAAUUAUUUAACAUUAUGUGUUAAUAUUUCAACACAUCCUUGGCAAUGGUUAAGUAUUGUUAUAUCAUCAAUAAUUAUUCUUCCAUUUUUAAUUGCUUUUAUUAUAUUAACAUUUUUGGACCCAGUUGAAGAUGCAGUAAUAAAUCAAAGUCAUGGACCAAAAGCUAAUUUUGAUCGUCGUGUACAUCAACAUGUUAUAACAAAUUUUUAUUGUAAUAUAUGUGAAGUACAUGUUACAGCUAACGCAAAACAUUGUUCAUCAUGUAAUAAAUGUAUUUAUUCAUUUGAUCAUCAUUGUAUAUGGCUUAAUACAUGUAUAGGAGGAAAAAAUUAUCGUCUAUUUUUUUCGAUGUUAAUAUUAAUUGUUCUGGGAACAUUAUUUAUAUUUUUAAAUAGUUUACUUCAAUUUAUUGGCACAUUUCAAGAUACAUCUUCAAGAAUAAAUUUAAAACCAUAUUAUAGUAUAGAUCAAUAUGCUAUAUUAAUGAUUCCAUCAUCAAAAAUUGCAUUUCAAGUUAUAUCAGCUAUUGUCGCAGCUAUCUCUCUUAUUAGUUGUGGAAUGACUGGAUAUCUUCUUGCUUUUCAUAUAUAUUUAUGUUAUAAUCAUAUAACAACAUAUGAUUUUGUUAUUAGUCGACGACAUCAUCAUACAGUUGAUGAAACUUUAUCACAAUUUAAUCAAUUAAAUCGAAAUCAGAAUAGUGUAUCAACAGAAACAACAGGACAAUCAUCAAUUUGCUCAAGAUUUUUUCCUCUAAAGAAAAAAAGAAAUAAUCGAGUUGCAACUACAACAGAAAAUGGUCAUAAUAACUCUAAUUAUUCAAAUCGAAAUCAAAAUGCACAAAUUUUUAUUGUCGAAGAAGAUAAUCUAUGA